ACAGACACACCAGCCGGCUGAGCCAGUCACCGCGGUGCGAGCGCCCAGUCCCCGGCGCCGCCAGCGCUCGAUGCUGACCGCCGCGUGCAAACUCCGCAGCAAAUCCGGCCUCGCCAGCACCACCCGUGUUAUGCCAUUCUUCCUCUCCACCUUCCCCGUCCCCGCCACCGCCAACGCCACCGCCGCUCCGCUCUGUCCUCCUCCGUCUCCAUACCCUAGCCCCCACUUCCUCCUCCCUUCCCCGCCCCGCCGGGGCCUCGCCUUCCUCGCCGCCGCUGCGCCGGCGCGGACCCGGUCCCCCACGCCCAGGCAGGCCAUGGCGUCGCUGGCGACAUCGACGGCGGCCGCUGCCGCCGCGGAGGUGACGCACCUCUCGCAGCGCGACGCCGCGGAUAUCGACGAGCAACUUAUGGGCCCCCUCGGGUUCAGCGUCGACCAGCUCAUGGAGCUCGCCGGGCUAAGCGUCGCUACGGCCGUUGCCGAGGUUUAUAAGUUGAGCGAACAUACGAGGGUUCUUAUCAUCUGUGGUCCGGGAAAUAAUGGUGGUGAUGGUCUGGUUGCUGCUCGGCAUCUUUAUCAUUUCGGAUACAAGCCCUUUGUUUGUUAUCCAAAACGUACGGCCAAACCUCUGUAUGCUGGCCUUGUUACUCAGCUUGAAUCACUGGCUAUCCCGUUUGUGCCUGUUGAAGACCUACCUCAGGACUUAUCAGGGCAGUACGACAUUGUUAUUGAUGCGAUGUUUGGUUUCUCAUUUCAUGGAACACCCCGACCACCCUUUGAUGAUCUUAUCCAAAUGCUUGUUUCAUUGAGUGUUGUUGGUGAUUCAGCUAAAAGACCACCAAUUGUUUCUGUUGAUAUCCCUUCUGGGUGGCAUGUAGAAGAGGGAGAUGUCAGCGGAGGAGGAAUUAAGCCUGAUAUGCUGGUAUCAUUGACUGCACCAAAGCUCUGUGCCAAGAAAUUUACUGGACCCCACCAUUUCCUAGGGGGUAGGUUUGUCCCGCCUCCUAUUUCGAGCAAAUAUGGGCUUGAACUUCCACCAUAUCCUGGAACCUCCAUGUGUGUGAGAAUUGGGAAAGUGCCGUCAGUUGACAUUUCAUCUCUCAGAGAGAAUUAUAUUUCACCGGAACUUCUUGAGAAUCAAGUGAUGCCUAAUCCAUUUGACCAGUUUCGUAGUUGGUUUGAUGAAGCAGUUACCGCUGGCCUGCGCGAACCAAAUGCCAUGGCUUUAACAACUGUCAAUAAAGCGGGAAAGCCUUCUUCAAGAAUGGUUCUUUUAAAAGGUGUUGAUAAGCAGGGAUUCGUUUGGUACACAAAUUACGGUAGCCAAAAAGCACAUGAUUUAUCGGAAAAUUCAAGUGCGGCACUUCUUUUCUACUGGAAUGAGAUGAACCGACAGGUUAGAGUAGAAGGGUCGGUUCAGAAGGUCUCAGAAGAAGAAUCUGAGAAGUAUUUCCACAGUCGCCCACGUGGAAGUCAGCUUGGUGCAAUUGUUAGCAAGCAGAGCACUGUCAUUUCUGGAAGAGAAGUUCUCCAACAAGCGUACAAGGAAUUGGAACAAAAAUAUUCUGAUGGUAGCUUCAUCCCAAAACCUGAUUACUGGGGUGGCUACAGAUUGACACCAAAUCUUUUUGAGUUCUGGCAAGGCCAACAGUCUCGUCUGCAUGACCGGCUACAAUAUUCACAGCGAGAAGUAGGUGGGAGUACAGAAUGGCACAUCCAAAGGUUGUCCCCUUGAUCAGUAACCUCCUUAAAGCUCUUGCCUCUUGGUAAUAAAAGGGGGUGUUGUUUUGGCACCUGCGCACACCUGCUCCUGGUACCUAAUGGACUGCAAUUUCUUGCUUGGAGAUGUGUACUAGAUGUAUUUUCGUGAUGUAUGUGUGAAUGCAGAAAAGCAGGAUACGUGAGGCGUAUAAGCCGAUUUAAUGCGGCGGGCCCUGUCUCGCGAGGCAGGCUGUGAAGAUUGCUGUUAUGUCGCCCGUUUGUUUGUUGGAUGGCGCUACUCCGAACUCACAUUGGUUACUUUGCAUCUGCCAAUAUUUCUUACUGAAAUCCCGUACUUGUUGAUA